UAAUCACUAUUAAAAAGUUAAAGAUUUUAACUUUUUAAUAGUCAACUAUAUAAAUAAUGUUCAAGAUUUUUAGAAAGUAACUCAGCAACAACCUAAAUUAUAUUUGAGUACCAAGCUUUUUUUUGGAAUUAAUCAUGUUAGUCACAUAAAAAGUUGAUACAACAAUGAAUCAAAGUAGUAAACUAUGUGUAAAAAAAAUGUGUAAAAGUAAACCAUGUGUAAAAAAAAACAACUCAGCCAAUUAUGUUAUCAACCUUUCAAGCAACAAUUUAAAAUGUAUUCCUUCUGAGUUAUUUUCUCAAAAAAGUUGCAAGUCAAUUAACUUAUCAUGUAACUUCAUCAAGUUAAUACCUGAGAAUGUUUUUCCUGGAAAUAAUGUAGUUGAACUGGUACUAUUUUCAAACGAAUUAACAGACAUUCGUGGCCUCAAGAGUCUGCCAAACAUACAAGUGUUAAAAUUGCAACACAAUAAAAUUGUCUGUCUAAACGAUUCACUUCAAAAUGCUAAAAGUCUCAAAGUCUUAAGGUUAGAUAGCAAUUUAAUUCAUGAAAUUAAACAAAAUGAAGUUUCAUCACUCUCUAAUUUAACCUAUCUUGACGUUAGCUCAAAUCUCUUGAAGGAUAUUUCAGCUCUAAAUGCACUGGUUCUAUUGGAAGAGUUGAAUUGCUCACAUAAUAAUUUGACUCGCUUACCUGUUCUGUCUUCUUUAGUUAAGCUGCUUGAAAUCAAUGCAAGCUUCAAUUGUCUAAAUGAUGUUUCUGGGUUAAGCAUGCUUUGUCAGUUAUUGACUCUUGUGCUAGACAAUAACAAGCUAAAUAGUUUAGUCUCCCUGAAGUCUUUGAGCUCGUUGCAAGUGUUAAAAAUUUCUUGUAACAGAUUUGUAAGCAUAAAACAUAUUGUUGAACAGUUCAAGGAGCUUGAAGUUUUACAUGUUGAUAGAAAUGAAAUAGCGGAAGUAUCUGAGCUGAAACAGUUGUUAACUUUGUCAAUAUCAUUACGUGAAUUAAAUAUUUAUGAUAAUCCCAUAAUGCUAAACCAGGAGAUACAAACUGAAGUUUAUACUUUUAUAAAAGAAAUGAAUCUCGAUAUAUUAAAUAGAAACAGUAAUAGUACUUCAGUCAUUAAGCAAAAAAUAAUGCGACCAAUGUCUACUGAUCAAAUGAUAUCCUCACGCUUUGUUGAAAAUCAAAUUAUUAACAGUAACAUAUCUAUUAAUGAAUAUGCAAUGAAUUUGAAUAAGAAAUUUGAAAAUUUAUCAAUAUUGUUCAGCAAACUAGCAGACAAAAAUGAAUUAGAGUCUUCUCAACAUGAAAACGAGACUUUAAUGUUUAAAAAAAAACUAUCUAGACCAUCAAGCAGUUGCAGUAGUCAGUCAAGAAUUCUCGCAGCAAAAGUUUAUGCAGAUACGCACACCUGAGAUUUACAUGCAUAUGAAAAUCUAUCAGGAAAAGGUAUCAAGAAAAAUCAAUUCAGUAUUUUCAAAAACUUUUAUUAUUAUUCUAUUAAACUAUGAACUUGUAUUUAUACGAAAGUAAAUUAAUAGAAUUUAAAUAAUAGAUAUUAA